GUCGCAGCCCUGGCAGAACACGUAUUUCCAACUUAAAUUCUAUCGCAAAAGUUCGUUAAGUAAAAAAGUUCGAAAUGUCGCUUAAUAAAGAAUACUUUUGAUCUGCAGCAGACAUUUAAAACAAACGUUAUGCCUGUCCCUUGCAGCAGUAACAACACAAUUAAGCAGCACAGGAGCGGAGGCAAGAACUGCAAACAUUCCAGCCGCAGCUAAUGUAAAUAUUAUGGAGCUGCUAUAUCAAUUAUUGGGGCGGCUACUUUUUCUCCUGGUCCGUAUAUAUGAACUAUUAUGGCUACUCCACUUGCGUUUACACGCUCUUGUCUGCCGGUCAUAUGACUACUGGCGCAGCAAAGCUGCGCGUGAACGCUGCGAGCGUGCGAUACUUGAACAAUGCAAUGCAGAGCUCACUAAACGCCCGCAACAUCUGGUUAUUGUCGUGUCCCCAGAAGAUAGAACCGUUGAUGUUCCCCUUUUGGAACGCAUAUUCAGCUACGCUUGCAUCGUAAACAUCUAUCACAUUAGUGUGUACGAUACUCGAGAACGCGGCAGUGGGUAUGUAGACUUGGAAGAGGUGUGCGAGCGCAUGGGUGAAGAGAGGAGCUUGGUGUGGCGGCCCCACCAAAUUAAAGAACAAAGGACAAAACCUAAUAGUAGUUCUAAGAACAGCAACAUGCUGCCAAAAGGCGAAGCGAACGGUUGCAAGCACAGCGCGCAAUUUCACGAGCUGCAGGUAAACCAAAUCAGCGCCGCCGACGGCCAUGCACUUAUAGCCGAGGUAUGCCGGGAAUUGUAUGAUAAUCGGGGCACCCCGCUGGUCCGAAGUCUACUUGAUAAACGUGAAGAACUGACGAACCACAUUAGCACGCAGCUCGCCAAACGUCUUGGCUUGACUGUGCCUGAGCCGGAAUUGGGUAUCAUUUUUGCCCGCCAAACAUGCACAUAUGGCCUACUUCCAUGGCAUGUCCGCUUCACUGAGUUUCACACGCAUGUCAGCGGUAGUUACUUUGGCGUUAAAACAUUUGCCAAUGUGCUCUACAAAUACUCGCGUUGCGAACAGCGGUGGGGCAAGUAAGAAAAACCUCUUCAUUGUUCAUGUAAAUAUAAAAUAAACUAAAUUAUAGCUAAAAAAAAAAGUUGUCAAAAACAAAAAUUAAAUCCCACAUAGAAAUUUAAGUAUAAUGUUAAUGCCCAUGUAAAAACAAAACGGGAUUUAAACGCUCUAUUCUAUAUACAUACACAUUUACGAAAAAAUUAAAACCAUGUUC